UGACAGGCUUAUCGGUCACAACAUGACGCAAUAACGAAAUAGAGUGGUUUGUGCUUUUGUGUUAUCAAAUUUUGGAACCUGUGAUCAGUCUGACGAAAACAUUCGAAACAACAAUCAGAUCCAUGUCGAUCAGUUGGGAACAACAGGAUUUGUUUGUUUCCUCAAACAGAUCAUCCGUGAAUGUUAAAAGUGCUAAUAAUGUCGAGAAUAAUGUCUAUCCCAUACGGAUUGCACGAUUCCCAGCGGCCAAUGGGAUUAGAGAACUGCUUAUACGCAAAGGGGAAGGAGGCAAAAUUGGCGUUACCGGAAGGCGCUUACAUGAAGGCAAGGUUUUCAUCUGUGCCGUAACUCGAAGAAGUCCUGCGUAUAUGGCAGGGCUUCGCUAUGGAGACGAAAUAUUGUGCCUUGAAAAUGAAUCGCUCGUCGGUUUGGAGCUGGAUCGUGUGCGUGAUUUAGUACGUAAGAAUCUGCGCAAUAGUUUAAAAUUACGCACGAAGGAUAAGUAAGUAUCGGACGCGUAUAGACGGUAACGAGGUGUGAUUUUAUGUUUAUGCAUUGCAGACCAGCCGAACGAUAUGUCACGAUUUCAAGGGAUGUGCAGAAAGGAUUCGGAUUUCGGUUUAUGAAUGGAGAAAUUACGUUUGUUCGGCCAAACACGAUGGCAGAACGGCGGGGUCUAGAAAGAAGACUGCAGAUCAUAGAGGUCAAUGAGGAGGUUGUCGUUGGGAUGCAGGAUGAAGAUAUUGAAGCCAUCAUAAAUGCUAUUGGUGAUGUCGUUACCCUAUGUGUAGUACCGGUGAAAGUGUAUCGACAACUAUUCAGCAAGUUAUUUCCCACCGUAAACGAUGCGCUACCGUUCGUUGAAUUAUGAAUCAGUCCGUAGGAUAAAUUUUAUUUUGGCAAUCGUGUUUUUCUUGAUAAGUGUAGGAUUUGAUCUGCUAAAUACAUAGCUAAGCUCAUAUUCCGAAACUCCACUGCUGCGUAACUGGAACGAAUGAUUUUUACUGUGUUUUGAUGGUGAAAACGUAACUUGCUUUGUAUGGUUUUCCUUCCAAUAUUAUGAAUCGAAUCUAAAUUUUCACAGCCAUUUUAUCGAAACUCAUCUAAAUGGCUCGGAUGUCGCUUUUCAAAUUUGAAAAUGACACUUGAUGCCAUCUGAAACUUGACAGCACAAUUGUGCUUUUGUCAGUUCCAGCAGGAUACAGGCUUUUGUUUAGAUCCGUCUGCGACGCCAAUCAUUGUACUCUUUGCUGUGUUGUUCCGGGAAAAUCUACAACAGCUGCUCUAGAACGGAGUUGCUAUAAAUUUCAAUUGUUUCUGUGCAUGUUCAAGCUUCGGUGCAUCGGUGAUAGAUCCUAAACUGUGCGAUAGUUUCCAAACUGAUUGACCCAUUGUUGCAUUUAGCUUCCCAUCCACAAUAAACAAAAUGUCCUCGUCUACAUCUGGCGGAAGCACAAUGACUGCGAUGGAUCGCGAUCUCUGCAGUCUGCUGACGGAGAUGCCUUCGGAAAAAGUUACCGUACGCCAGAAGGCAUUCAUCAAAAUGAAUUCUAUCCUAACCAACAGGGAAGAAGAUUUUCUUGCAUACAUGCAGUCAGACUCCUUCGAAACAGCAUGGAGUGAAUUGUUUUAUGCCGCAUAUAAUGGUAUCCGGAUGCAGAGCGCUACCAGCAAGGAACAGACGGAGGGCAAAAAAGACGAAUAUUUCAAGGUGCUAAAUAAGCUGACAGAACUAGCAAUGGAUCGAGUAUCGCCUCAGCUUUCGUGGAGCCAGUUGAUCGGAUCGUUUGUGGAUGCAGUGACUGAUCAUGGAAUGCGGGCACAUUUUGAAAUGUUCUUUGUAAAUUUUCUAAAAAAGUUCGUCCUGUCGUCUAAGUGGUGCCUAUCGACGGUGACAUACGAGCAGUGGAAAGAUAUUUUCGACAGUUGUUUCGUGAUUCUGGAUUCGUCGCCGACGGCUAAAUACGCCACUUUAAAUUGCCUGUCACUUGGUGUGGUAAAAUUUUUAAACAACUGUUCAAAAACAUCUUUACUAGAUACUUAUCUGACCCGUUUUAUGGAUCACAUACAACAAAUGGUGAAUGAGCAGAAGGUCAAUGUUCUACUCGAGCUCAUCGACACAGCUUCACAAAUGGUUCAGGCGAUCGCAGUUGAUUGUAGGAUCAAAACAAUCCAGUUCUUGGAAUCACUCGUGCCAUGUACUGUGAAGAUAUACAAGAAAGGUAAUCUUCGCAAUGAACAGAAAACCAUACUGUUCCGUCUGAUGCAUUUGUCGCUGAUAAUCUUGUACCCGCAAGGGAAGUCACUGAGCCACGCCAAAAAACUCACGAAAGACUAUACGCGUGCCUUCGAAGACGAUGAAGUGUGUAGAAAAACGUUGCGCGAGUAUCACUUUAUAGUAAUGUGCGAGAUGAAGACGCGAAACCUGUCUGCGUCGCAAGGCGCCAAGGCGUUUCAUGGCGAAAUCAGCCUUCGUCAGGAAACUCAGUUAUGUGAUGGUUUUAUCGAUUUUGCUGCCAGAUUGUGCUAUACGGUUUUUUGGAAUGAAGAUAACUGGAAGGAAGGUAGCAGGGACGAAACGGUCCUUAAGAGAAAUAAACAAUUUAACAAACUUCAAAGCGUACUGGAUAUGAUCGGUACUGGUCCAAAUCACUACAAUACACGCGGAUUGUUCAUAUUGUCAACCAUUCUAGACAGAUAUGAGGCAGCUAUUUGUGCCGAAGAAUACAUGCCGGUGCUGCACCUGUUGUGCAACAUCCAACCCACAUUACAAACGCCCAUGGAGCAUAAUGCCUUUUAUCAGUGUUGCAUCGUGCUACUAAAUUUCGAGCAAAAAUCAACGUACCGAUCGUUGGUCCGGAAAUUGAAAGGUGAACAAAUAGAGCUUUGGAACAAAAUCAUUGCUGCUGCCUUUCGUGGGUGUACCAACACCAGCCCUAAGACAUCCAGCGAUUCCAAUUUGCUUCUUCAGCUGCUGAUUCGACACCGGAAAUAUCCUAGCGUAAGUUUCUUGAACGAUACGGUACUGGAAGCAUUUUAUACGUAUGCGGUGCCAAAGACAAACAUAAAUGUCGGUACGGUGCUGUGCAUUCUGGACACAGUUGGGAGCGUCGAGUGUCUGGGCAAUGUGGAUGAUGUGUUAACUAAACUGUUCAACUAUCUGUAUCCACAAACGCGCGAAACUCAAACCAAAGCAAUAAUGCACGCGAAGGAACGAUUGAGUGCGAAUACAUUGGCACACAUUUUGAUUCUGUGCGUAGUAACUAAGCGGUCGCCCGCCGAAAAGGACAAGAUCGUAACAAAAAAGGAACAACGGUCGGUGUUGAUGGAAGACUUGUACCGAGAGCAAGAUAAGCAAAUGCAAAUGUUGGAACAGAUGCUAAGAUUACACAGUUUGGAGGAUUUGAUAACAUUAGAUGAAAGCAAGAACCAGCCCGAUGGAUUGCGAGCUGCCGCAGAGCGUAUCUACUUUAAUAUAAACGAACCUUUAUUUCUGCGUCUCUGCGAGCUGGUAAGCUUCGACAAUCAUAUCCUGCCGGUCGAUGACAAUUUUCUGAUUGAUGGGAUGAUACGCAUUUGCCACGUGUUGGAACUGUACCUGCAAAUGCUAAACUUGCUGCUCGUCCACGAAGCAUACAAUGAAGAGCGGUGUAGCAGGAGCCCUCUGUACAAAAAAAUAUUAAUCAAAUUCGGUCAGCUAAAUCAAGGUUUCGAAAAGCUCCUGCAAAACGAUACGUCACCGAAUGAGAACGACAUGAAAAGUAUCGCCGAACGAUUAUUGACAAUAUUUCACGGCCCUUAUCACCGGUCGGUGAAAAAGCUGUUGCAGGAAACCGAACACACGAAUAUUCUUCGAUGGACAAUAGAACGAAUAACUAUCACGGAACAUGCAAAUUCUCAAUGUGUGACGGUUUUGCAAGCGGAUCAACUUUCCUCCGAGCAGCGAUGGCAUCGAUGUCUGCAUAGCAUAAUAGCAGAAUAUUUGCAAUACGAUGGACCAUGCACAGAUGACGUUCACGAUCUUCUCGAUAGGAUGACGCUAAACGUGUACAGCAGUUUGGAUUUAUUCUAUACGUUCGACUUGUGCAGAAUUUUACUGAAGCAAACGUCGCACGAGUUCGUUGCCAAGUGGGUCCUCAUAAAAAUAGUGGAGAUUUGCAAAAUUCAUUAUACUGAUCCUGCCAUUGCGGAGAUGAUCAUUGAUUUGUACGCCGAUUUAACCUCAUUUGUAAGGCCAUAUGAAGAGCUGACUCGCAAUGUUACUGUUGUACUGUGUUUGUUUGUAAAGCAAUGUUCCAAGCAUUUGUACUCUGUGCAGCUGCAGGUGAAAAUAUUUGCUCAAGUUAAGUAUUUGCUAAAAGCAUAUCCACAGCACAUCCGCACCCAAACUCACGACGGCAUCUACAACAGCUUGAUUCCACUUUUAAGUAGUUCUAGUUACUGGAUCAAGUUGGAAGGAGUAAAAAAUAUAUUGCAUUGUAUGAAAUCCGACUGGGCGUACAAUGAUGUAGCGUCAAUUCCAAGCACUUACUACCAAUUUCAAACGGAGCAGUAUGAUAAGAUCAAUUUCAAUGAGCUGGUAUCUAGCGUUUCGGGCGAGGACGAACGGGUAAACGUUAUAAGUUGCUGCCUUCAGUUGCUUCUUGGUAUACUCCGCACUAGCUUUAUGUUGCGUAGACGAGCUCUGAAUGAUUGUGUGCUGCUCAUCCAUUCGGGAAACGUCAAUGAUGAUAAAAUGGCAAUUACUAUGCGUAUUGCGUGCAGUACCGGCGAUAUAGACUUUAGAAAAUUACUGCAAAUCCAUUUGGACUCCGUAUUGGAAUUGUGGCUAACCAAAGGCAAUCGAUUGUUGCAUUUUCCGUACCGAUUAUCGGGAAAAAUGCGUUCGAUCGAGGAGUUUGUGCAGCUAUUUAAAAAAAAUAUCGCCUACGUCAUCCUUUGCAUGCAACCGGAGCAGUUCGAACAGUUCUGCAAAUCGAUCGGCGUGCAGCAAACAGAAAUGGUGAAGAGUAUAUUGCCGAAAUGCGUAUCUUUCCUUCUACCGAAGUACGCCAAAUGCGAGGGAAUGGCAUCCAAGUAUAGCGUAAUGGCUGGACGAAUGCACAAUACACUCGCGCCAUUCUUAAACACGGUGGAUUUGAAGGAACACGUGACUGAAAUCAUCAUACAUCUUACAUACCGGUUGAAUGAAAAUGAUGAGUUGGGAAAGCUGGCAGAUCUAGAUCUUCAUAAUUGCUUAGUUGACGAUUUGUCCAUUACCAAAGCCACUUACUCGACAGCACUCGAGCAUUUGAAGCAAUCCGUUUGGGGAACAUCCUCCAUCAAGUACACGGUGCUAAGCAAUCUGUGUUUAAAAAAUAGUUCCUCAAUCGAACGGACACUGAUGGAGGUAAAGCGAUGGCUUUGGGCUGCCGAAGAACACGAACAAAAAAUGAUUCACCUCUUCCAGUAUACCGUGCUUCUCGAUCAUCUGAAGGAGUAUAUCAAUCAGCAGAAGGAACGAUCAUUUAAGCCGUAUCUUGUGCGAGAUGUCGUUUACUUUCUGUGCAACCUUUUGGUUUCGGUUCCUUCAUUACGGUUAGCCACACUAAACAGUAUGGAACGUUUUUUGGCCAACGUGGUAACAUCUACCGAUGCUUCCGAACUAUUGUCCGAACAUCUACAUUUUAUAGUAUCAACAUUGCUGGAGAUAGAAAGUGUAGAUCUUUCUUCCAAAAUUUCUAACAAAUCACUGGCAUUGUUACGAUUUUUGAUAUUAGAACACGAAAGCACAUUUGCUAACGCGAUCGGUAAGCUCAAUUACUUACCAAACGACGAGCGCUUCAAUGAGCUACGUUUGAUGAUUUCGCGCCGAAAAACGGCUGGCCACGAAAGUUUGUUGCCGAGCGAGGAGAUUGCUGCGCUUAUUGAGUUACCCAAUCUUAGGUACGAAGAUCUAGCCGCAUUAAAAAUUUUGCUUACUACGAAAAAGAAAGAACUCAAGAUGUUGUGCAUCGAAUUGUCCGAUCAGUCCGCAUCCUCAACGAAUAAUGGCGAAAGCGUUCUACAUCGAUUGAUUUACAUUCUACUGGAAGUUGUGCGAAAUUCUCCUUUCGAUAAGCGAUCGAUUGAAGCACUUCGAUGCUUAGGCGAAAUUGGACCUGUUGAUUUGGGAACAAUGUUACUCAAGACCGAUGCUGAAAUGAUCGCUUACGACACGGUCAAUAACACCAAGGAAGCGAUCGAAAGAUGUGUUGAUGUUCUAUUGAGAGAAAUGGAUCUAUUGCUAACGAGUAAAAAUAUUACGGUGGGACAUAUGGCUUCACAAGUUUGUUAUACAUUUCUGUAUGGAAAAACAUACCGUACAUUGGCAGCAAAGCUACCAACCCUCCAUCCGUUUGUGGGAAACUCACCGGAAGAAGUAAAGCUCUUCACCUACACUGCAGGAAGGGAGUUGGUUUUAAAUACGAUACUGGGAGAUAAACGUCUUGACUAUCAUGUUUUUGUGCAGCAAUUGUCCGCUGUGUUACUGUCAUUUUUGGGAAAUACGGUACUGAAAAAGUUAGCCGAACAGGAAACCACAGUUGCUGAAAAGAUCGUGCCUUUGCUAGUACAGAUUGUUUUAAAGCAAUUUGAGGAGAAGAUCAUCAAAAACCUUGGCAAUUUUGUUAACGAAUUUUUCACCAAAUUUGACCUCGCUAGAAGUGAUGCACCGUGUAUUUUUAACGAUCCCAAAGCGAUCCAGCUAAUGCUAACGAUAGUGGAGUGCGCCAGAAUACAUAAUCAGUUGUUUCCACAGUAUAAAGUAUCCGUUAACUAUCUAUCAAUCGCGCAAGCUUCCCAAUUUUGUCAAGCACAUUUCAAAGCGAUCUUGUACGGUGAGUUGUGGUAUCGGGAAGAAGAGCAAAAGGAGAAAGGCGCAGGGAAAAAGAAUCCGGCACUCUUGAACAUAAUGAAAGCUUGUCAUCUGGCUAUUGGUGAUAAUGAUGCUGUGAAACCCUUCCUGAAUCCGUUGCACGAACAGAUGGAAUACUACCGUUUAAACCAGAAUUACGCUCAAUGUUUGGUUAUGCAAGAUGCUACUUUGGCUUGGCGCGGUAACACAGGAGAGGGCACUAGCCAAAUCGCUCAGGAAAGUACAAGCCAGAGUUUGUUACAACAGCUAAAAGAUUCUUGUCUGUACGGUUUAGCUAGAUCGUUACAUGUAGCAGAUCAGAUCGAUUACGAAUGUGCCUGGCGUUUGUCUGAUUGGAAUGUCGUAAACGAUGUAAUUGACAAUCCUGGGCCCGAUGUAAAACAAGAUACGGUCGGCAUAAAUGUACAUAAGCUCUUUGAACGAUCACAUUACACCGCACUGAAAUGUUUACAUCUGAGAGAUGAGCUAGCGGUAGAGAGUGCCAUCGUUGAUGCACAGCGAGCUAUUAGUGAGAUUUUCAAACUAACCAGUAUUGAAUCGACUAAAUGCAUCUAUCAAGGUUUGUGUCGUUUGCGAAUGCUUCAGCAGAUCGAAGAUUUCGGUGGAAUACAUUUUGCCAAACAAAUCGACUGUGAGCCGGAUAUGCUGCAGAAGUGGAAGGAACAAGAUGAACUUCCGCACAGUGAAUUUAAGCUAAUGGAAUGCAUCCUUUCGCAACGUCUAUCCAUCUUAAGCACUGCCAGCAUUCGGGCGAAACGCAAAUGGGUUGUGCCAGCUGUCUAUAGCACCAUGCUGCUCUUAAUUCACGAAUCGCGUUUGAGAGGGUACGAUGAUUGUGCGAUACGCAACGUUGCGCUGAUCGGCAGGGAAAAGCUACCCGCAAACAUUCAAUCGAUCGUAUUGCUUGAAAAAGCGCAGCUAAAUUGGACGUCCGGUCAUCGGCUGGUGGCGCGUGAACUGGUAUGGGAAGUAAUGAACAGUACCGAGUAUAAUAAUCCUAUGGUAAAAGCUGUCGCAUGUAGACUGUACGGCGAGUUUCAAGCAGAAGGACACUUGCAAGAGAUAAAGUCCUUAUGUGUAGAUUAUUUCCAACAGGCGGAAAAGUGUGUAAAUUUUGUUUUGGCGAAGGAAAAGAGGGAUCACAAAACAGUUCCUGAUACGAUACCUUCUACCCAUCGUUGCUUUGAUGUCGAUCGCAGCUACACUGUGCAGCACACUGUCGCCAAAUAUGCUGAUCGCGAGUUUGUACGGCUCAGCAAAUUUUUCCGCUCACAGGAAUGGGAAGCGCGUAAAACCAACCUAGUCAAAAUGGAAGAGGAAGCGACUCGUCUGAAGGCAGAAGCAGCACGCGCAACAGAUCAGCGGCGCAAAGAUCUUGGUCGAUCGCUGCAUUUCAUGCACAAAAACUUGCUGCGAGAUAAGAAAGCUGCAGAGGAGGUGGAACAAACGCGGUGGGAUUAUUUGCAUUUGGCACUGUGCUAUUACCUGAAGUACGCUAAACAAACAACGAUCGUGAGCGAUCUGGUGAUAUUUCGGAUCAUUUCUCUAUGGUUAAACAAUCAGGAGAAUAAGAACGUGAGGGAGUUAAUUGAAGAAUCACUGCUCACUGUUCCCUCCUACAAAUUUAUUGCGGUACUACCUCAGCUUACUCCGAGAGUAGGAAUAGACAGUGACGUUGGUGCAUUGGUACAAAAAGUAUUGAUACGAUGUGCACGGGAUCAUCCGCAUCACACGCUACCGUUUGUGUUUGCACAAUUGCAUGCAUUCAAGGAUCAACCGGAUCAUGAAACUCCUGCUAACGAUAAUCGUUUAUUAGGCGUGCGAGAAGUUUAUAAGAAGCUAAAUCAAGUACCAGAACUAGAAAAACUGCUACAACAGACAGAAAGGAUGAAUCUCGCUCUCAUUGAGUUGGCCAACAAAACUCUUUCCACUAGCCCCUCUUUUCGCGAGUACACCAUGACCAAGAAGGAUCCAUUGGGACAGUUGGAGAAUUUGGACCUUAUCCAUUGUCCCACGGUAGAGCUGCCGGUGAUGACAUGUGGAAACUAUCGCGGACGGAACGUGGGAAUCAAACGAUGGGAUCCGAAGGUCAUCGGAGUGGGUGGAAUUAAUGCUCCGAAAAAACUUUACUGCCUGUGCUUGAAUGGAACGAAACAGACACAGUUACUAAAGGGCAAGGAUGAUAUGCGGCAAGAUGCAGUAAUGCAACAGGUAUUCGGGAUUUUAAACAUUUUACUACGUCACGACGAAGAGACGGCCCAUCGAAAACUAUCUGUGCGCACGUACAAGGUGGUACCAUUGUCGCGACAGAGUGGAAUUUUAGAAUGGUGUAACAAUACGAUGCCGAUCGGUGCGUGGUUGCUAACCGGACAUGUAAAGUAUCGGCCACAAGACAUAGAACCAUCUGCGGCACGUAAAAAGUUUACCAAUAACGCUCAAGCUGGCAUGACGGUGGAGAAAAAGCUGCAGAACUAUUUGGAUAUCUGUAACAAAAUCCAACCCGUCUUUCGGCAUUACUUUCUCGAGGAAUAUCUCAAACCCGGUGUGUGGUUCGAGCGUCAGCAAAAGUACAUUAAGAGUGUUGCCGCCAAUUCGAUGAUCGGAUACGUGCUCGGAAUCGGUGAUCGACACGUGCAAAACAUCUUGAUCGACAAACUUAGCGGCGAAGUGAUACACAUCGAUUUCGGUAUAGCGUUUGAAAUGGGGAAAAAUUUACCCACGCCGGAAACUGUUCCCUUUCGGCUAACGCGUGACAUCGUGGAUGGAAUGGGGAUCAGUGGUGUAGAGGGAGUAUUCAGGAAAUCGUGUGAAAAAACACUAGAAGUGCUACGAAAUAAUCAGACGGUAAUACUCGCCAUUCUGGAAGUACUGUUGUACGAUCCUCUGUACUCGUGGAACGUGCUUUCGAACAAGAAGGCCGAUCGUCGGCAACAGCAAGCAUACCUUUCGACAUCAGCUGACGGAUCGGAUGGUAACGAACCUGUUGGAUUCCCGAUACGAAGAGACAUCAACGUGACGGCCGAGCGAACCCUAAUGCAAGUGGAGGAGAAACUGUUGGGGCAGGAAGAUAACAAGUACAUCUCGGUCGAAGGUCAGGUACAGAUGCUGAUCUUCAAUGCGACUAAUGACCGUAAUCUCUGUCAGUUGUUUGCUGGAUGGCAACCUUAUCUAUAACCAUCAAAAUAUUCCUAUAUUUUUAGCAAAUAUAUUCCAAAAACAAUUAUUCACAACAUUAAAUGCAUGGUUGAAGGAGGUAGCACGUUUUAAAAGAGGUAGCUUUUAGCUAUAACAUCUGUACGGAUCCUUGAGUGCAGAAAGUUCAGAUGAACGGUUGUCUAUCCGCCAGUCACUUCGAUGGAAGUACCAUUCACGUAGCUGCUUUUAUCCGAUGCCAAAAAGGCUGCUACUUCACCAAUUUCUGCAAAAUAGAAAAUAUGUGGUUUAAUAAAUUAUUUUAUAUUUAA